GUGACCACUUGUCAAGUUGUCAGUUGUCACAUUUUGUGUAUUUUCAAUUUAGUUUGCGCUUAUUUUCUAGGUUAUUACAAAUAGGUAUAUAGUAAACUGAAAUAUAAAAUAAAGAAAAAUAUUAAAUGUAAACCAAAUUGCAAAAAAUGUCCUCCUCGGAGAGCGAAUCGGAUAAUGAAAUAUCCAACCCUUCAAGACUAGGCGAUUGUGAAGUUUGCGGCUCCAAUGAAGCUAUUUACACGUGCCCUAAAUGCGAAGUAAAGACAUGCUGUCUGGAGUGUGUAAGGAUACACAAGAAAGAACUUGAGUGUGACGGCACGAGGGACCGCACAAAGUUCAUAUACAUGAAGGAUUUCACUGACACAGACUUGCUUAGCGAUUAUAGGUUGUUAGAGGAAUGCGCACGAUUUGUUUACGCUGUGAAGAAAGAUGAAAAAAAGCGUUUUACCAGAAUUGAUAAAGAUUUACCUAUUCAUUUACACAAACUAAAACUGGCAGCAAGGCAUAGGGGAACAGUCCUCCAAUUCCUUUCACAAAAUUUUACUAGACACAAAAUAAAUACAACAAAAUAUAUAUACAAAACAAAUCAGAUACAAUGGAGAGUAGAAUGGAUUUUCCCUAACGUUGAAGCCAAGCCCUUGAAGUUUGUUGACGAAAUAUGUACAGAGAAGAGUAAAUUAUCAGAGCUGCUUGAUAAGUUUUUAAAUCCAAAUGCCCCAGGUUUUGAAGGAUCAAAAGACUUGGUCUAUUAUAAAUCUGCUGGAUUUAGUGGUGUUAAAGUUUUGUUAAAAGCUGAAAAACUCAAAGGUUCAGCCAAAAAAUUCUUUGAAUUAGAUACAACAGAAUCACUAGCUGAGAACUUGUCAGGAAAAUGUAUUGUGGAGUUCCCAAUCAUUUUUGUUGUGCUCAAGGACCAUGCUUACAAUUUUGAUAUCAUAACUCCAGAGGAUGACUUUGAAUGUGGUGCAAGUAAAGAAAAUAAUGGUGUUAAGGAAGAAGAAAACAUUGAUAUAAAUAAUAGGUUGAAACAAAAUGCAAAAAUGUCAAUGUUCCCAGUAAAUGAAAGUAAAGCAAACAGUGAAAAAAUUUCAGAAAAUAAAGAAGUUUUUAAGUCUUUUGUCAACCCACAUUCCCCACAUGACUACCAUCAGAGAAAAAGGCAAAAAAUCUUACUAACAGAGAAGAUCGCCAAGGAAAAGAAAUUAGAGAUACAAAAAGAAAUCAAAGAAGCAAAGAAAAAGAAGCCCAAAAAUCUUUUGUUUACAACUGGGUAUUCGUCUGAAGAAAGUUUAAGUGAUAGUGGUGAAGAAGUUGAAAUAAAAACAUGACCAUACAGAUUGGAACAUGUCUAUGACCUCUUUUUGACUGUACAUUGCCUGAGAAAGAAUGAAUUUAGCAAAUUUCUACUUUUUCAAUUUGCCUCCUCGGGCCUUUAAUAAUGUUAUCUCAAUCACGCAUAUUUGUAUGCGCCCAUUAAUAAUUGUAUACUGUUGUCCCUAUAUAUAUGGUCAAGAUGUCAAUACCAAACAAAAAAUUAAAUAAAGAGUUUAAGCAAACAAA